AUGACUUCUGCGUCGCAGGUGUAUGCUGAACAACUCUUCCGAUUGGGACAUGGUUACCCACUCUGGGACCCAGAGCCGGCGACGCACCCAGACAUAGACGGCCUUGAUGGUGAGGUCCACAUUGGAGACGUCGGCUUUGUCGACGCUAGUACUGGCACUUUCCACCGUCUCUUCAACGCCAUACUCCCCGCGGAUGACGACGCAAACAAGGCGGGCGUCCCAGAGGGGUUUAAGCCAUUCGUUCAACGGUCUUAUGGAAAGGUCGAUAAGCGUGGGGCAAUCGAUGCGCGAUCACUAUGUUCCAAGGCUGUCAAGCAUACAUCUGCGAAUGGACAGGUCUCUAUUCAAGGCGCAGGAGGCGGUAUCGAGUUCCAGUGCACCGACGAACAGGGCGCUGUUCUAUUGCUGGAAGAAGGCGCUGAUCGUGAGGCUCUCCUUCCCAGCCGGAGAAUGGCGAACUACAUGCGCCAAAACUACAACAGCUGGGUGAUGUUCGCCCAAGACCAGCUUGACGUGGACAUCUCCAGGGAGGAUCUAUUUUUCGUCCGCGGACAUGUGAAGACGAAGAAGUGGGCCGUCGUCGCGUGGAUACACGAGGGCCGCUCAGCUAAAUUAUCCUUCGACGGAAACUUCAGUUCUCUCGCCAAUGCGAGCCUCAAAGUCAGCUACUCUAGCGAUGUGACAGUUCCGCCAGAGCGAAACUGGGGUCCAAAGCAAGACGUGCAGAAGAAAAUCAAAGGCAAAAGCCGGGGGAAGGCACAUCAGACGCGUGAAACUCACAAGACAGACCAAUGCGUCUUCCUUAACUAUUACAAACUGAGGGUGCGACUUGGGUUCUGGCCGACUGUCAUGAAGGCUGCCGCC